AUGAUACAAAUACGCCCCCAUUUCGCGUGCUGGGGCAUCCUCAUUCUGAUUUACGGGAGCCAUCCACUCCAAUUAUAUUGUAAUACCACAAUGAAGUUCUUCAGCUCGAGUUUUUCUUGCGCUCUGGCGGUGAUCUAUGCCGCCGCAGUUACCGCAAGCCCAUAUAGCAAUAUUUCCAGUGUCUCGGAUUUCAUAAAUCUGCUGGACGUCAGCAACGCAACCGGGGCAAAGAUUGCUGAUACCCUACAAGAUUUGGAUACCAAGAAAAUCCGAUCCUUAAGCACUCAAGGAAAGAAUUCUCUCGGAUGUCAAGUGAGUCGUUUGGUAUUCGGCCGCGAUUUUCUGGACUCAAGAUCGAGCAACUAUGAUAAGAGAGUAGAAGUCAACUGGUUCGUCAUUCUGUGUUUAGCUAGGCUUUUGGAUAUGAUUAACGCUGACAAUGGUACUAGGUCUGCUGCAUGCUGGCUGAGGCCACGAUGUAUCAUCCAACCCCGGUCUACAGAAGAUGUAGCAAAGGCCAUGAAGAUUGUCACAUUUUUGGCCACAAAGUUUUCUGUCCGCAGCGGCGGGAAUAAUCCAAAUCCCCGCUAUUCAAGCAUCGACAACGAGGGUAUUCUUAUUGAGAUGAUUAACCUGAAUGAGAUUACACUGAGUGACGAUGGUUCGGUGGCACACCUCGGCCCAGGAAACCUGUUUAGAAGCGUAUACAGCAGACUGGCUGAAGCCGGCAGGACGGUUGUAGGUCCACGGGUUGGAGACGUCGCUGUCGGUGGAUACUUCCUUGGAGGCGGCAUCUCGUUCUUUUCUAGCAUGUAUGGAAUUGGUGCAGACAAUAUUCUGAAUUACGAGGUUCGUAAGAUCGGAGAUAUCGACAUUGUUUGGCCACUAACUAAUGAGCAUACCUAG